AUGGACGACGAUGGCUCCGGGACGAUAACUGCCGGAGAGAUCUACAAGAUUUUCGUGUCAAUGGACGACGAUGGCUCCGGGACGAUAACUGCCGGAGAGGUAGCUCAAAUGUUAUGCGGAUAUGGAUGCGAUGUAUCGCCGAAAGUUGUUCAAGCGGUGAUGCGAUCGUCGGAUAAAAGUGGAGACGGCGAGAUCGACUUCGAGGAGUUUCUCGCUGCUGUAACUUCCAAAAUCAAGUUGAACGAAUGCAAAGCCGAGAUAUAUGCGAUGUUCGAGAAAUUCGACCGAAAUAAGGACGGACUGCUUUCUGCUGAGGAACUGGUUAUGGCAUGGAGUGAAACACUGAAAACAAAAAUAACAGUCAAAGAGGCUGCUGCGUUGAUACAACAGGUAAUUUUUUAUGUAAACUGA